GCUGCGCGGCGCCAGCCAAUCAGAGCGGCCGGACGGCCGGCGUUCGUCUGGGACUUGGCGCGCGCCGCGCCGGCGGUCACUGGCGAUCGAGGAGCGGAGAGGAGGGGGCGUGUAUGGUGGUGCUGUGUGAGUGGGUGCGUGCCCGUGCUGCCUGAGCGGUCCGCGUGCAAUGGAACUGGUCGGAAUGGGGAAGAUCGAGAAUUACAGGAGUGGUCGGUACGGAGGUAUGUCGCGGGAUGGCGGCCACGGCCGGGACUGCGGAGUGGUCGACACGUGCUCACAGUACUACCGGUCGUACCUCCGCGCCGUGCGCUGGCUCGCCGAGGAAUGCGACAAGUACUACGACGACCCUCAGCUCGGUAUGGAUCGGAUCAUCAAGGAGAUCAUGCUCGGCAGAAUCAGUCCUAACAACGACGACUACGUGAUCCUGGUACCGCUGCACGGGCAGGACCGGCAUUUCAUGAGCUCCGGCAUCAGAGUUGAGGAGAAGACCGCCCGACUGAUUCGUGAGGUUCAGCGCGACUUCGAUCUACAAAACGACGCUAAGUACUUCGGUCAGUUCAAGACAGCGUGUGGCAAAAGUUUGGAUCAAGUCCGGCAGCAGUUCUACAUCGACUGCUUCUCAGAGUGCAUCCACCCGCAGAGCUCGCGUAUGAAGGCAAACACCACCGAGUGCGUCCCAGUCCCAUCAUCAGAGCACGUCGCAGAAAUCGUCGGAAAGAAAGGCGGAAAAAUCAAGAACAUCCGCGCCGAGACCAACACCUACAUCAAGACGCCGAAGCGGGAUGAAGAGCCGGUGUUCGUCAUCACAGGUCGCAAGGAGGACGUGGCCUUCGCUAAGCAGAAGAUCCUGGCGGCGGCCGAGCAUUUCAGCCAGCUGCGCGAGGCGCGCCGCCAGAACCCGGGCGGACCCGCCCCCGCCCUGGGGCCGCCCAAACGCGACGGUGACGUCACCAUCCAGGUAGAGGUGCCGUACGAGUUCGUGGGCCUUGUGGUUGGUCAGAAGGGCGCCACCAUCAAGCGCAUCCAGCAGGACACCAACACAUACAUCACGACGCCGUCGCGUCGCCACCGGCCCAUCUUCGAGGUGGUCGGCCAGCCGGAUGACGUGGAGACGGCCCGUGAGGCCAUCACGGCGCACAUCAGCAGCCGCGUCGACAAGUUCCGCAGCGAGGCAGCUGCGGCGGCCGCCAACGGUCCACCGGGCGGCCCGACGGGCUACGGCGGCACCACCAGCAUCGGGAGCUUCCUGGGCAUCGACGACUCGGCGUUCGCGACGCCGCCGGCCGGCGCGGAGUCUGGCAUGUUCGGAUCCUACGGCAACACCAACCUGGGCGGCACGUGGACGGGUGUCCCGCCGCCCAGCAUGCCGCCACCGGUGCACCGGUACGCGCCGCCGCCGCCGCCGCCCCCGCCGGCGCCGGCGAGCGGUAGCGGCAGCCGACUCAGUGCCUUCCGCAACCUGCAGCAGCCGGACGGUCUGGAGACUCUGAGCGCCAGUCUGCGCGAGCUGGCGCUGGCCGACCCGUGGCAGAGCGACAGCCGCGGCCGCACGGCCAGCCUGCCGGCUGACCCGGCCGACGCGCCGUGCAGCCGACGCGGCUCCGAGGAGUCCACCAGCCACGCGCUGGACCUACUCUUCUCGCGGCCGGGCCCGCUCGGCUGGGACGCCGGCGUCAUCAGCGCUCCACUGCCGGCCGCCAAGGGAUCCAGCGAGACGCUCAACUCGGACUCGGGCGUCGAGACGACCACGCCGCCGCCUCUGGACGGCUUCUUCGGACCGAUCGGCUCGAAGCGGACCAGCCCGACGGCGGCUCUGCUCGGCGGCUCGUCGAGCCCGAUCGCCGCGCUGCUGGGAGGUUCGUCGAGCCCGACAUCUGCGCUGCUCGGCUCCGACUAGCCGCUGCCGUCACCGCCGCCGUCGCCAGCGGCGGCCGCGGCGGUCUCGGCGCUGAGCUGGGCUUCAUAAAAGACACAGCGACUCGGCUGGUCACCGGCCGGCCGGGCGCCGUAGACAUUUUUACAUUUUACGUGUAGCUCAUUUGUAAAAUACUCACCGAGUGACCUGCCAGUGCCGGGGUGGCGGCCGCGCCCGCGAGCCGGUGGUCGCACGGCGUGCCUCGCCGCCCAUCGGCGGCGUCGAUAUUUCUGUUGGCCGCGCCGCGGCUGGCGAGCGGCCAGCGUCGCUCGGCUAUCGACCGGCCGACGGCGGCGACGGCGCCGGUUCUGCAGUGCGGCCGCCGGUCGUCCCCUGCCCUCCCUGCUCCCCCUCCCCAGCCCCGCUCCCCCUCCCCGUCCCCACCGGCGCCGUCGGCCGGUGCUCAAUCACACCACAUAUCGCCUCGGAGCUGGGCACGGCGCGAGCGCGCCCGACCAAUAGCAAUAUGCUGCCGCUUGGGCUCCCGCGGCUCGGUACCUUCUUAGUCCCCCCGUCCCCCUCCCCUCAUCCUCCCAUUCUCGUUUUCCGCGGCCGACCCAGACGGGCCAACCCCCGGGGCUGGCAGGUCAGAGCUAAUUUUGUACCCGACACAUUCGACUUUGACAUUUAAUUCAAUCAGGAAUGCAUGCUGUUAUAUAUACGAGAACGUAUACGUCAUAUAAAAUGAGCCACAAAAGUAUUUUAUUUUCGUACACAGAAUCGAUAUGUGUUGUGGUCAUGCGUGUUGUGGCAAAUUAUUUUCCUACAAAGUUGCUGUAAACACAUUUUAAAGAGUGUGACAUCACAUUCUAGGAUAGGUGUUGCUUUUUAUGUGACCGCGUCUCACCUGCUUUGGUUGCCCGCCUAGUACUUAGUCUUCCAAAAUCGGUGUGGUACCAUUUCUUUGUCCGUUUGAAUGUUCGACCAUAAUGCCAAGCUUCAACUAUUGCGGCCAGCUAACUUUGUCCCUUGAUGUGCGAAGCUCUGUGUCCUUGUACUCACUAUAGUCCUGGUCAUUUUGUACUUUUUUACCAAACGUACGGUGGUGACGUUAUUUUGCGACACGUCGUAUGACUAUCAGGCAAUAAGUGGGCCUUUGCGGGCGGACGGGCGGGCGCCGGUCAGUGCCGCCACGGGUCGUGCCUGGAGCCGCCUCUGUCGGGCGCUGGCGCGGUCUGACGCCGCCACUGCCCCUGCCGUCUCCGGCCGGGGGUGGCAGGGGGCGGGGGCGCUCUGCCAUAGCUCGCGCCGGCUCAGUCGCUCAGUCGCCGCCGGCCGGUGGCUACUUCAUUGGGCCAAUCACAAUGCUGCGUGGUACAGUAUUUUACUACCUUAAAAUGUAAAUAUCUUAUGAGAGUUACUCCUGUGAAUGUUUACAUGCGUGUUAGAAAGCUCAGCGCGGACGUUGGUGGCCAUUCUUUGAAACACUUUAUUCUUCAGCAUAUUAAAAUGAUAAAAUACUGGGAAAGUUGCAGUACCUGAGGCAUAAUUUAUUGUUAAAUGUAUAUUAUCCGGUUGGUUGUCCGCGCGGUAUCACGGUCUUCGCGUCGCCAUAGCCUAUUUCUGUACAUUCCAGAUUAUAUAUUGAACAAAUUUAUCGAACAAAUGCAAUGUGAUUAAUAAAAUCCCGUCGAAUUACUGAAUACCUAAUGCCGUAUAUGUGAAGCGCUGUGCAAGUGUAACCUUUCUCGGCCACCAACGACCGAGCUGCCCAGUUGAGAGGUUUUGUUGCGUACAAAUAGAAACUUCUCAAUGUUAAGUCUUGCUCAGUUAAACGCAGGGCUUGUCGCUACCCGAGAUUGAGCCUUGAAUAUAUUUUUAUUACCGAUGUGAAAUGUAUUUUGGCGCCUCUGCUUAUGAGACUAGCCGCGUGGUGUACUUAUUAAUAUGCGUUGAUUUUUCACAUUUGCUAUUGUUUUAUGUUCCGAGACGUAGCGGUGGCAAAUGUUAGAUUCUUCUCUUGUCCUGAUGAGCAUGCGGUCGGUACGUCUUCUGACGUUUGACAGUGUCCACCUUGAGAGCUCUCGACAUAGCAGUGCCACGUCGUCUUAGUAUAUGGUCUCAGAAUAAACAACCUUAGUCA